AUUACCCUGAAGCCCCAUCGAUGAACAUUGGGUCCCAUUCAACCUCCAUACGGUAAUGAAAUGGAUUUCAAGUACUGUAGGCUCACAAUUGAAUACCUAUAAUCAGAGAGGAAUGUGUGAUUUGGAUGUACGCGCCGCUGUAGACGGAACAAAGUGAAGUGAAAAUGUUUUGAUGUCUGUGUCUAUUCAUUCAGAUUUAAUAUCAUGUUUUUAAGUUUCAUUUAAUAAUCAGCCGACCCUGCAAGCGUGUCAAAAUGCUUCAAUGAUUGUAUAAAUGAUUGCGUAAAACGUAAAUUUCCCAGUGUCGCCAGCGGCAGAGCGGCUACGUUACAUCCUGAAUGAAGAUGACGACAUGCCCACGCCGACACUCUUCACUGAGAUGGACACUCUACAGCGAGAAGGAGGCGAGCUGGAGUGGAAGGAGUCGGCCAGGUGGGUGAAGUUCGAAGAGAAGGUGGAAGAGGGCGGCGAAAGGUGGAGUAAACCACACGUCUCCACGCUGUCGCUGCAUAGUCUUUUUGAGCUCAGGACGUGCCUCCAGACGGGAACAGUGCUGCUGGACCUGGAAGGAUACUCACUACCGCAGAUAAUCGAUGACAUCAUUGAGAGACAGAUAGAGGAAGGCAUGAUAUCCCCUGAACUGAGAGACAAAAUCAGUUUCGUCCUGCUGAGGAAACACCGACACCAGACCAAGAAGCCGAUCCACCGCUCGCUGGCCGACAUCGGCAAGUCCACCUCCUCCAGCAAUCGUAACGCGGGGCCCCGGGGUGCUCCGGGGACAGGGACAGGCCCGGGGCCAGUGGCGAACUUUAAUCGAUCCACAGAGGACCUGCGAAUCAAACAGCAGUCUGCCAGCUACGGUCGCCUGCGUCAUGCGCAGAGUAGGAGUAUGAAUGAUAUUGCAGAUUCUCCCAGCUCAGACCAGCUAAGAAAUAAAUUCAUGAAGAAAAUACCCAGGGAUGCCGAGGCGUCCAACGUCUUGGUGGGAGAAGUGGAUUUCCUCAGCAAACCCUUCGUAGCCUUCGUCCGCCUGGCCCAGGCUACGACCCUGGGAGGUCUCACCGAGGUCCCCGUUCCCACCAGAUUCUUGUUUAUUCUCCUGGGACCCCACGGGAAAGCCAAGUCAUAUAAUGAGAUUGGCCGAGCCAUUGCAACCCUAAUGGUGGAUGACCUCUUCAGUGAUGUCGCUUACAAGGCCAGGGACCGCGAGGACCUCAUCGCGGGCAUAGACGAGUUUUUGGAUGAAGUGAUUGUGCUCCCGCCCGGAGAGUGGGAUCCCAAAAUUCGCAUUGAGCCGCCCAAGAAAGUCCCAACGGCUGACAAAAGGAAGUCUGUGUUUUCCCUAAACGAGUUGGGGCAGGUGAACGGCGCAGCCGGGGGAGGAGGGGGCCAGGCCGAGGACGAGGAGAUGCCGCCGCAACAUGAGCUCGGAGAAGAGCUGGCCUUCACUGGACGCUUCUGUGGCGGCCUGUACCUGGACAUAAAGCGGAAGUUGCCGUGGGUUCCCAGUGACAUCUACGAGGGUUUCCACCUGCAGUCCAUCUCCGCGGUGCUCUUCAUCUACUUGGGCUGCAUCACCAACGCCAUAACCUUCGGGGGCCUGCUGGGAGACGCUACCGACAACUACCAGGGUGUGAUGGAGAGUUUCCUGGGAACCGCUCUCGCUGGCUCUGUCUUCUGUCUCUUCAGCGGUCAGCCCCUCAUCAUCCUCAGUUCCACUGGACCCAUCCUCAUCUUUGAGAAGCUCCUGUUUGAAUUCAGCAAGAGCAACAGCAUAGAUUACAUGGAGCUCCGCCUGUGGAUCGGCAUGCACUCCUGCCUGCAGUGUUUCAUCCUGGUAGCUACAGACGCCAGUUUCAUCAUUAAAUACAUGACGCGCUUCACGGAGGAGGGCUUCUCCAGCCUCAUCUCCUUUAUCUUCAUCUCUGAUGCCAUCAAGAAGAUGGUGGGCUCCUUCAAAUAUUACCCCAUCAACACCGACUUUAAGCCCGACUACGUCACUACCUACAAGUGCGAAUGCUUGGCUCCAGACCUGAUGGCUGCCAUGAUCUUCAAUGGUUUAGUUCCAAUACCAGAUAACAGCUCUAGUGUCUCUGGGUUGAACGGGACAGGUUUGGACUGGAGCCAGCUGAGCAAGAAGGAGUGCCUUAAGUACGGAGGCUCUCUGGUGGGAAACACCUGCAAGUUUGUCCCCGAUUUGGCCCUCAUAUCCUUUAUUCUCUUCUUUGGCACCUAUUCCAUGACCGUGAGCCUCAAGAAGUUCAAGUCCAGUCGCUACUUCCCCACCAAGCUGAGGAAGCUCAUCAGUGACUUCUCUAUCUUCAUGUCCAUCAUGACGUUUGUGGGGCUUGAUAUGUUGUUGGGACUCAAAACUCCCAAACUAAUCGUCCCCACAGAAUUUAAGCCGACCCGCCCGGGUCGCGGCUGGCUGGUGAUGCCGUUCGGUAAGAACCCGUGGUGGGUCUACGUGGCCAGCUCCGUCCCCGCGCUGCUCGUCACCAUCCUCAUCUUCAUGGACCAGCAGAUCAGCGCCGUCAUUGUCAACCGCAAGGAGAACAAACUCAAGAAAGGCUGCGGGUACCACCUGGACCUGUUCUGGGUGGGCGUCCUGAUGGCCGUGUGCUCCUUCCUGGGCCUGCCCUGGUACGUCGCCGCCACCGUCAUCUCCAUCGCUCACAUCGACUCGCUGAAGAUGGAGAGCGAGUCGAGCGCUCCCGGAGAGCAGCCUCAGUUCCUCGGCGUCAGAGAACAAAGAAUGACAGGCAUUUUGGUGUUUGCCCUCACUGGAGUCUCCAUCUUCCUCGCUCCGGUGCUUAAGUACAUCCCCAUGCCCGUGCUGUACGGCGUCUUCCUCUACAUGGGCGUAGCUUCGCUCAGCGGAAUCCAGUUCUGGGACAGGAUCAAGUUGUACAUGAUGCCCUCCAAGCACCAGCCCGACUUCCCGUACCUCCGUCACGUCCCUCUGAGGAAGGUCCACCUCUUCACACUGGUCCAGGUGGCCUGUCUGGCUGUGCUCUGGACCCUCAAAUCCACAUUCUUGGCCAUCAUCUUCCCUGUUAUGAUACUGGGUCUGAUGGUUGUCCGAAAGAUGCUGGACAUGGUCUUCUCCCAGCACGACCUGGCCUGGAUAGAUGACCUCCUUCCUGGGAAAGAUAAGAAGAAGAAGAAGAAGAAGGAUGACGAUAAGAAGAAGGGGAAGGGGAAGGAAAAGGACAAGGAGAAGAAAAAGCCCAAACCAGACGACAGUGAGGAGGAGGAGGAGGAGGACAAGUGUCACGCCUACUCCAACCACUCACCCAGCCCAGAUUCAGAGCUGGAUCGCAGCAUCACCCUCCACCUGAAGAUCUCCUGCCCGUCGUCUCCGUCCGUGCCCAUGGGCCGAGGAAUGUCCUGCCCCGUGCCCCAGGUCAAAAUCGAGAUGGAGUCGGACUACGACUCGGACAGCGACCGCCACCGCCCUCGGGACGUUAGCAGCGAGACCACGUUAUGAGGCUCAGACUCGACGUCUUGGUUGACAGAACAGCGCGCGACACGAAGUGCAAGGGGCCGACUGCUCGAACGCGGCCCCCGGCGCCGACCCGCCGACCCGCGGACAGCGCCCCGAGCAAACUGACCCCUGAGCGGACCGACUGAAGUGGGGCCGACCCGACCACUGAGGCCUCUGCUUUUAACUUGGUGCAGCUUUGACUGAUUUUGCUUUGAAUAAUAUAUUAAAUAUAUUUGUUUAUUUGUAUAAUGUAAAUGGCCGUAAUAACAGAGUACAUAUUUAUUUGUUUGCGCUAUAUAGGAAUAUAAUUAUACAUAUUGGCUAUAUGUUGAUAUUGUGCUAUUUAUGUGGUUACUUCAAAUUCAAACUAAGUGUCGGAAUUAAUUGUACUAUCAUUUCAGAUCAGUGUGUGUGUGCAGGGUUUUACUUGGAGGCAGGAAAUGUUGAAACAAGCUCCAUUUUAGUAACAGAUCUUUCUACCAUGAGGUCGUAAAUCGGUCUUUUAACAUAUAGUAGCAUAUUUGUGUUUGGGUAUUUAUUUGAUUGUGCUGUUGCGUGCCUCUGAACCCAGAGAACCAUCUAUCCUUUCCCUGCCCCCCCCCCCCAUUCAACACUGCAUAUUAG